AUGUUUCUAUACGACUACUGCUGUAGCUAUGGCCUAUCGUCGCUGUUGGCGUUGACACCUGAAGUCUCCCAAAAAUUCUGGAUCGUCUUGCAUCCGCGGACUUCGCUCCCAAGGAUGCACGUGAUGCAGGUCGACUCAGCCAAUCACAUGCCGAUCGCAUUUCCAUCAUGUUCCCCCACGCCAACCAUUGCUUCCAGAAAGUGGGUGGUGCAGUUCCAGGCAGUACCUAGGGAGGUCUCGGGCCAGGGACCUUCACAUGCACAAAGAUGGCCGCGCAUGUCUUCUUCGCCGCCGCCGCCUGUGACCGCAUCAUAUGCUAUCAUUGUCCAUGCCAGCACUCUACAUCCAGUCCAGCAGCAACCUCAACCAUCUAACUGCCUCUCUCUCUCAGCCUCGUCUGCGCAGCCGGGCGAUGACGCACACUUUGAAUGCAUGGCAGCACUAGAUACACCUUGGAUAGUGCACAUGUCCACCUCGUCGAGAGCCUCACACGAUGCGUCGUCCUCGCAGCCCACGCCUGACCCGAACCCGCCCACUUAUGCCACCUUCUCACCCUCGACCCUAGGCGGCGCCGCCCCCCAUACGAAGCUGCGCUCUGCCAUUCUCGUACAUCAAAAGUCGCCGCUGCUUGCUGCGACGCCGCCGCAGAUCACAAGGGUGUUGGCAUACUCGCAUCCGUUCAUUAUACCGCUGAAUAAGUUGGCUGGGCUCCUGACAUGGACAACGGGAGAUCCAUGGGAAAGUUUCCUGGUAGUGGCGAGCUUCUGGGCCAUAGUUCUGUAUGGAGAUGCAGCCACGAGAUAUGCGGGGCCGCUCAUUGUGGUGUUGGGCCUCAUAUUGGGCAUGUACACAAGGAGAUAUUCGCCGCUGUCAUCAACUGGGUGGACGGGAGAGAAGGGACAAAGGGGACACAAAAGGGAAGAGUCGGACACCAACAUCAAGCACCACAAAAGCUUGGAAGAGAUUGUGGAUAGUCUCAAGCUCUUCACCUCGCGCUGCAAUAUCCUCCUCGAUCCCUUUCUUCGCUUGACCGACUUCCUUUCGACGCAACGGACUGCCACAUCCGCUACCACGCGGCCGGCGCUCACCAUACUCUUCAUUCGAAUUCUGCUUGCCAUGCCAUUAUGGAUCCUCCUCACCCUUCCGCCCUUUUACAUACUCUCCACCAAACGCAUUGUAUUAGCAGUUGGUACGGUGAUGAUGAGCUGGCACUCCAGACCCGCUCGCGUCACCCGUACAAUACUUUGGAGAUCUCGAACCGUGCGACGAACAUGUGCAUUCAUCACCGGUCUGAACUUUGGUGAGAUGGUGGCAGCAGACAAGAAGGGCGCGCCUCCCCUGCCACCUCGCAAGAAGAGCACGCAAGAAGUGGCGGCUUCACUAGCGGCGAAGCGAAGACCAGAAUCCACUGGUGUACGCUUUACCUUUUCAAUAUAUGAGAAUCAAAGGCGUUGGUUGGGUAUUGGAUGGACAUCAUCUAUGCUUGCGUAUGAACGAGCAUCAUGGACGGAUGAGCAUUUGAAUCCCCAACCACCGAGAGAUCAAUUUGAACUGCCUGAGGUUGAGGGUGGUCAAUCAAGAUGGCGAUGGGUACAGGGCAGUGAAUGGAAGGUUGAAUGUGGAGACAAGGACAGCCAGGCGGAGAAGGUCACUUCCAAGGAGGACAUGGGGUGGAUAUACUACGACAACAAGUGGCGAGAUGGCCGCCGCGGCCAGGAUGGCUGGGGUCGAUACACCCGCCGACGCAAGUGGUACCGCGACGCUGAACUGGUUGAAGCAACACCCUCCACUGAAGUGACACCUGUCCACACUCCCCGCCAUGCCCCCUCUGAAUCACCCGCAGACCUCGACCCCAACCACCUAGCCCGGCUCUCGUCCAAUGUCAGCACAACAUCGAGUAACGAGCCCACGCUGGUGGACGGCCAGGAUGCGGAGUCGGUGGCUAGUGACACGGAUGCGCUGAGUACAAAGAGUAAGAAGAGUUGGUUCAAAAGGAAACGCACAAAAAGUAACGCGGGCAGUGCGAGUAAUGUGACGGUGACGAGUACGGGGAGUAGUGUUGGAAGGAGGAGUGAGGAGGAGGAUGUGCAGAGUCCGGUCGAGAGGAUGGUUAGGGACGAGGAGUGGAGGUUGGGGGAUGAUAUUAGGCAGCAUCUUGAUAUAUGA